AUGGCUCCUUCCAUUGCUUCAACUGAGCCUCCGCUCAAAGACCUUCUCUCGACACCUCCUCCUCCGGUACUCAAGAAGCCCUCUCCAGUACCUUCUGCAACCGCAACAACACAGCGCUACCAGGCGACCGCAGAGAAGCACAUCACCUCCGCAGUGGGUCGUCUACGAAACCAUGUUUUCGCCUCGGGCAGUGGACUGCAGGUCCAAACCACUGAUGGGCGCCAGCUGCUCGACUUCACUUCGGGCAUUGGAGUCACCUCUCUCGGUCACGCGCACCCCGUGGUGACAGCUGCCAUCGUGGAACAGGCCUCCUCGAUCGUGCACGUGCAGUGCGGUAUCGCCCUCUCGAAGCCCUACGUGGAAUUGGUGGAGCAGCUGGUCACCAUGAUGCCUUCUCCCACGCUAGACUCCUUCUUCCUCUGGUCGUCAGGGUCAGAGGCUAUUGAAGCAGCCAUUAAGCUUGCCCGCACGAAGACGCGCAGGAACAACAUCAUUGUCAUGCAGGGAGGCUACCAUGGGCGGACAGCAGGCGCAGCAGCCCUCACAAGGUCCAAGACCAGCUUCUUUGCCGGCACGGGCCCGCUGAUGCCUUGCGUCUACACGACGGCUUUUCCUUACUGGCAUGCUCUAGGUUUGCCACAAGAUACGCCAGAGGAGGAGCUCGUGCGCAUGGCUGUGCAUCAACUGGAGCAGACUUUGGCUCAGCAGUCUGCGCCCAGCGACACAGCUGCCAUCUUCGUAGAGCCUGUCAUCGGUGAAGGCGGAUACGUGCCCGCACCCCCUGCCUUCCUCCGUGCGCUGCGUGAGACUUGCUCGAAACACGGCAUUCUCCUGGUCGUCGAUGAGAUUCAGACCGGCUUCGGACGCACAGGAGCCAACUUUGCAAUUGAGUACGCAAAGGACGUGGUGCCCGAUAUCAUGACCUUUGCCAAGGGCUUUGCGAACGGGAUGCCCCUUUCAGGAGUGGUCACGCGCAAGGAAAUUAUGGAGUGUAUGCCUGCUGGCUCACUCGGUGGCACAUACGCAGGUAAUGCUGUUGCAUGCGCCGCAGCGCUCGCUACAACGAAGUAUAUGGUGGAGAUGGACGUGCUCGGCAACGUGCGGCGGAGGGGAGAGCAGCUCGCCCAAGGGUUGAGGGACAUUGCUGCUGACACGCAGAAUGGAGGCAGCAUCAUCGCUGAGGUUCGCGGUACUGGACUCAUGCUAGCUGUUGAAUUCCAGAGCCCCUCAUCGUCAAAUCCUACACUCCCUGCAAACCUGAACAAGUUGGUGCAGGACGAGUGCUAUGACCGAAACUUGCUGGUCCUCACGACCUCCAUCUACCCUGUACUGCGCCUCAUUCCCGCACUGAUCCUCACCGAGGCAGAUGUGAACGUGGCUCUGAGGGUCAUCAAGGAGGCGGUCAAAGCCGUGGCUCGCAAGGCCGGCAUGUGA